AGGUACCACUGUAUAUGAAGAAGAUGGGUAUUACUUCAGCCUUUAUAAGCUACUAAAAAAUUAGGCAAUAAAAUACACCCCAAAACCAUCAAUAUUGCAAAAGGUGCAUAAUAAAUUACUGUCUUUUAUAAGACUGUUCUGAAAAACACUAUACACACCCACAUGGAUACACACGUACUUACCUAUAUGCAUACAGAUAAUAAAGAAAAUUGCCUACCCAUCUCAAAAAGCAGCAUGUAUCAAGCAAGUGGGAAGGGCAAACCAAAAUUUAAAAUUAACUGCUAUCCUGUUUGUAAUCAGUUAUGAUUGGCUGGGAGAUACUGAACAAACUAGCAUGGAAAUAUAUGCUGGUGACUCUCGACUAAAAUUGUAAGUAUGUGCAUUGUUGCCGUGUGUAAAUGAGCUGUGUUGGGUAGGCUAUGGGAGGAACUGAUCAGCAAACUCCAUCUGCAUCGUUCGAUGUGAUUGCAGUGUUUGUUAUUGCCAUUGGAAUCACAGCAGUCACUAUUUAUUUAUUUUGACUGUUGAGAAACCUAUUAAUCACAUACAGUGCUGCGUAUCCCCUCUCCUCUGUCUAGUUUUAAGCUUUUUAUGCUUGUACAGAUAACACUUCUCUUUGUGCACCCAUAGAGACUAGAAACUUAACUUUUAAAAACAGAGCUGAGUGCUGUAUGACAGGUUCUGCACUCAGCAUCAGUUUCAAAGCCCUACCCGUUGCAUCCAGCACAGAUGCCCACAAUUUUAACAUAUAUCCUAUCCUCAGAUUAGCUAUUCUAACCAUGUCUCUUUACCUUUGUCUCAGGUAACAGUACCAAUUGAGAUGGUGAUAGUUAAUUCUUCCACUGUAGAUCAGGCCCAGUCCGAAGCAAAACAGCUCCACAAAGAGAACAAACAGGUUGACAAUGAAAAUAGUAUUUCUCAAGAAGGCAGUUUUGCCAGAAUAGGGGCUAAGGAUGUGCACCAAGGAGAGAUGGAGACAGAGGAACGAGGAUGGAGGUCUCCAGGAGAAUUUGGAGAGGUUCUUUUCCCAAAAAGCAGCCCCAGAAGAUCGCAUGUGAGCAAGUGUGAUUCAGAAAGGCAACAGAAAGGCAGCCUUUCUGCAAGGAUGAUUAAGGACGAAGUGUUUGGGGGAGUCCCUACCGACCCCGAAACAAAACGACAUCUAUGUAAGGAAUGUGGGAAAAGGUUUCGGAAAAAGUGGGAUCUCAUCAGGCAUGAAAGGAUCCAUACGGGUGAGAAACCGUAUCAAUGCCCAGAAUGUGGGAAUAGCUUCAACCGGAACACAACCCUCACGAAACAUCUCCUCAUUCAUUCAGGAGAGAAGCCUCACCAGUGCACGUACUGCGGAAAGAGGUUCACGCGGCGUUCGCAUGUUGUGAAUCACCAGAGACGCCACUCAUGCCAAGGAAGAUCUUGACAAAAGUGUCUACAGCUUCUGGUUUGUGCAACAGAUUGAGAAUGGGGAAGCCCUGUGUGAAGGGGAAAAAGGUAGCUCUGUUUGUGUCCUGCAAGGCUUGGAAUCCAGACAAAGUUGUAGGUGUGGUAUGGAUUAGUGACUAUUUGCUGUUUGUUCACAUCUUGAAUAUGAUCAAAAUGUGUCUGAGGACACACAGCUCUCAGGGGCAUCCACUCUGUUAGGGGUGCAGAAGGAAAUCUGUACAUACUUAUGCCAUUCAGUGAAGAUAAUAAAACUAAGAGACCAUCCAAGUCAGAAGAGUAUUCAUCCACAUUGUACUUGAUCCAGAAUGGGAGUGAGGAGAUUGAAUUCCUGUUUAUUUUGUAUUAUUUGGACUGCUUGCUGGAUAGAAGUUAAUAUUUCAUCAUGGCAGUGAUACAGUCCUGAGUACAGACAAGUGGAUGCUCCUGGGAAAAUUGCUAAUUUUGAUCAGGCGAUUCAGUAUUUUUGUAUCAGCUGAAGCCCUGUGAAAUCAGAAAAAUCCUUUCCCUGCUUUGCUGUAUCCAUGCCUGAAGCAAAUGAUGCUCAUUAAGGAAGUAGGACUUGAAGGGCAAAACAUCUUCCAGUAAGGAAGCAGGCUGGCAAAAUGAUACCUGCCAACUGUCUUGGGAGGCAGUCCACAGAUUUAACCUGUGAAGUGAUGGAGCUCAGUGGAAACGGAAUACUAACCAUUAACUCAGGAUAAAAGAAAUGCCAGGUUUUAAGCUGGAGGCAAGACUGAAAAUUGACCAAGAAGCACUGACCUGGUGUGCUCUUAAAUGCAAAUUUAUACCCGGAAUGUAUUCCCAUCGUGGAGACUUCAAUCCUUUUGCACCUCAACCUGCUCAGACGCAGGUAUAGUGAUAGUUGAACAUUUGGCAAUGCAAUUUGGGGAGCAAAGGCCAGAUGGGAAAACAGGAAGCAAAGUGGUCUCGUUGUAGGUUGUGCUUGCUGUGAUGGAUUUUAUAUUGCUCUGUGGCAAGUCCUUGGCAGUGAUCACGCUUUUACUGCAGAGUUAGGGAAGCUGUGCCCCCCCCCCAUGGCUGCUGAACAACAGCUUCCAGCAUUCCUCACAACUGGCCAUGCUGGAAUAAUGUGAAGUGAAACUGACUUGGCUAUUUAAUGUUUCAUUUUUAAUUCUGUACAGUGGAAAACCAGUGCAGCAUUUGUUUACAUAAUAAUUUAUUUCCCUUUUUUCCAAACAGUCUAAAAAUUGCUUAUAGGCUUUUGACUACAGAAUUCAUAAAUUAAUUUUCACUGAGACAGACACCUGUUUUAAUAAAUUGUCAACUAAUCAUUUUGGCUUUUCAAGCCUCUCAUAAUCCUGUUCUAGCAAAAGUACAUAUAUUUUGCAUGAGAGGAAACAUUUGACUUUUCUUCAAAGCUGGAACUUUUUUCAAAACAGUGCACAACAGAUUAAAUCUGGAGUAAUUUCAAAUCUGAUGGCUUGAUCAUGUGGCCAUUAUGUGGGGAAUAUUUAUUUUCUAGGAAUGGUCUUUUAUAUAGUCUUCAGUUUUUAUGGCUGCCUUUUUUUAGCAUAUAUGAGAUAACAACUGCUACCUUUAUAAUACAGACUUUCAAGUUUAUUUAUUUUAUACACCAUCAUAAUCAACAAAGACUCCUGUCAGUUAACUUCAUUAAAAACAUAAUUCUACCUUGA